UUCUUCACUUCACCAUUCGAAUUGGAUACAAUGUCGUGGUUGGCUCGCUCCAUUGCCAACACCCUUCGGCUUGAAGACGAAGAUGACGAACACAACGGUGUCGUUUCGCCCAUUCACUCUGAUCCUCCAUCUCCUUCUCCGUCUUCCACUCCACGCAACCAGAUGGAGUCCCAAUCCGAACUCGACGACGAAGCAUUAUCUCGCCGCGUCAGAGGGGACUUGACUGAAUUCAAACAAACCCUAACCCGCCAAUUUUGGGGCGUCGCCUCUUUCCUGACUCUUCCGCCGCCUUCUCAUCCCCGGUUGGAUGGGGAUCUCGCUGCCUCUUCCGAUUGGAAGCCGUUCGAGGCGUUUAAUCAGCCUGAUCCGUCGAUCUCCAAGGACGAAGUGGAUCCGUCCGAUCCGAUUGAGGUCUUGAAGAUGCGUUCGAACCAUGAAGCGUAUGCGAAAUCCGGGGAUUCACAGGGGGAAUGCUACGAGGUGGAUUGGGGAGAUGUUGUUGGGAUCACUGAUGAAGUGCUGACGUUUGCCACCAACAUUGCAAUGCACCCUGAGACUUGGAUUGAUUUCCCAAUUGACGAGGAGGAGUGCAACGAUGAUUUUGAAAUGUCUGAUGCCCAAAAAGAGCAUGCUUUUACUAUUGAACGUCUUGCUCCUAGACUAGCUGCUCUCAGAAUUGAGCUCUGUCCUUGCCAUAUGAGUGAGAGCUACUUUUGGAAGGUCUAUUUUGUGCUCCUGCAUUCAAGACUCAAUAAGCAGGAUGCAGAGGUUUUAUCUACUCCACAGGUAGCAGAAGCAAGAUCAAUGUGGAUGCAGGAAUUACAAAAGCAGACCAAGCCAGAGUCCUACUGGUGUGGAAGAGACACUUUUGAGUUAAAAGACAGCUGCGAUAUGCUGCAGGAAGACGGUAGUCCCAUGGCAUUCCAUGAUAAUCAUUCUGGAUUGAGGCAGCCUUGGACAUUGAUGUCUGAGCCAAGACAUUAUGAGACUGAGAAAUAUCAAAUAGAGAGUUCUGAGACGCAAUUCAUCGAUAAGUCUGUUAUUGUUGAAAAACCUAUAAGUAAGAACGAGGAUAGAAACUCCACGAUUGGGCCUUCUUCAAAAUUCCUUGUUCAGAACUACGAGGAUGAGUCAGACAACGACUGGCUAGAGGAAGACUCUGAGUUGGGUGGUUGUAAUAAGACCAUCCUCCCUCUUGAGAACGAAGAAGAAAUUUCUUUCAGUGAUCUCGAGGAUGAUGAUAUGGUUCUGCCAGCUAAAUUCAAGACUGCUUCCAAAUAAUAGGGAAGUUCAACAACAAAAGAACAAAAGAAAAAAGAAAUCAAGGUGUUGGUUCAAAUUGUGUAUGCUUUGCUGAUGAGUGUAAAUGAAUUACAAAGUCAGUCUGACAAGAUUGUUGGUCUGCCGAUACCGAGCCCAUAAAGCCGUCUGAAAUUGCAUUAGUGGGUUGGGUGACAAGAUUGUUUGUAAAUGAUAUGAAUGAUCAUUCCAGUUCGGAAGAGUGUAUCUUGAUAAUGUGUUUGUGUUUGGUUUCUUGUUUGGGAAUUGUGUAAAUUAUGUAUCAGUAAAUAGACAAAAAGGGAAAACGGAAUACCCUACGAUGAUUGUCCUCAUCCUUCUGGUCUGUCAGGCGUUCCAGGAUACCCAGAACUCUUCUUCUGUCAGGAUUGGAGAUUCAUUGUAAGCUGUCUGACAGAAGAAACCGCUAAAAACAGCCAAAGGAGCCACCGAAUUAUGUAACUGAGGCAGUUGAGGAGGGUUCCGUUGGGUUUCUGUAUUUGAAUUUUAAAGUGAAAGAGGGCUUCGUUUUGAAUGAAGUUACGUCUCUGUCUCGUCCAUUACAGGUAUCGGUAUGUACAGAAGGACCGUAAUGGGCCAUUUUCUUAUUCUCAUUUCAUCGCUGUACUCUUACCCUUCUCUACUCCAUGAAGCUAUUAUGCUAUAUAGCUUUAGUUGUCAUA